AUGGGAGGAGGAAGAAGUUUUGUGUCUGAGAAGAUGAAACUUCUUGUUGCAUUGCUUGUUUUGCAGCUCUGCUUCGCAGGUUUUCACAUAGUUUCAAGGGUGGCACUCAACAUUGGCAUUAGCAAAGUUGUUUACCCUGUUUACAGAAACAUUAUAGCCUUGCUAAUGUUGGGACCCUUUUCGUAUUUCUUCGAAAAGAAAGAAAGACCACCUCUUACAUUUUCUUUACUGGUUCAGUUUUUCCUUGUAGCAUUGGUUGGAUGUGAGCAAGUUAAUAUUAUGAGGAAGGACGGAUUGGCGAAAAUUCUAGGGACCAUAGCAAGCGUAGGAGGUGCUACUAUUAUAAUUCUCUAUAAAGGCCCUCUGAUUCUGCACCAGGCAUCACAACUAGUGGGAAUAGAAGCUCUGCAACCUUUGAAUCCAUUUCAGGGAAUUAUAUCUUCUGGGAUAGUCAUUGCUCUUCAGACCUGGUGUAUUCAGAAAGGAGGACCGGUUUUUGUUGCCAGCUUCCAGCCAGUUCAAACAGUUUUAGUCGCUGGCAUGGCAUUUGUAAUCCUUGGUGAUCAAUUAUACUCUGGCGGGAGGUGGAAACUGGAAAGCAACCUGAAAGGCGUGUAUUCUAGGAUUACUAAUGUCGAGCAGAAUGCUCUACAGCUACAGAUUGAACUAGUACAUUUUCCUGAAGAUGUUUUACACAAUUUUCUUCAUGUUGGCCUCUUGGGACAGUGCUGCGAAUUGUAUCAGAUUUUUCAAAUUCUAAGAAGUUCAAAGCCAUCGAUAAAGCCAUAUUCAAAUUAG